GCAGAGUUUUGGUUCCGAGGUCAACAACUAGCACGCGACUCGUUUCCACGUUGUUGGUGCGGGCGCCUCGCGGCUCGGAGGAUGUCGGGGCGCUCCCUCGGAAAAGCUUCUGGGCGCCGCGGGGAGCGGGAGUAGUUGCCGAGCGUCCCGCCCUGGAAGGAAGGCCCGAGAGGGGAGAACGCGGGGGAACCUCGGGUCUCGCGGUUAGGGGCGGCGGGGUCAUGACCUCACAGGGCAGCCUGUGAGGAAGGAGCCCCCUAGCAAAGGGCUAUGGAAGGGCGGCGGUUCUGUGCCGAGCGUGCGCCUCAGACUCGCUUCUCUGGCUGGCGGCAGGCCGGCUCUGCGGAGGAGUCCCAGGUAGUGUCGGCCCCUUCCCUCCUCCUCCUGGAAACCGAGCGCAGAUGUGGGUCUCUGCCCAGAGCAGGGGCCCCAUGCGGGCCCUGCUGCCGCUUCGGUGGCCCGUAGCAUGGGUGGGGUGCAGGGGCCUCCCCCGGGCUCCUGUCCCCGCGUCUCCCCGCAGGCCCUACCGGAAGGAGGGUCUGCCGGCCCCCGAGACCCCCUCGGUGCUCGUCACAGCCGCUGAGAUCAGGCAGUAUCUCCGAUCCAGGGGAGUCCCCUACCAGGACGGGCACAGCUGCCUGCGCACGCCCAGCCCGUUCCAGGGGCCGCGGGGUCCCGGGGCAGAGAGCUGGAUUGAGGGCAGCCCCCACAGUCUUUUCAUUGAUAAGACCACAGGCCACUUUCUUUGCACUGGAAGCCUGGCUGAGGGCAACUGGGAGGACUUGCAGGCCUGUGUAGAGGGUGGCACGGCUGGGUCCUUGGCUAGUGAAGGGAAAGGAAGCGAGGCUCUGGACGGUCCAGGUGGUGACGUUCUGAGAAUCUGGGAUCGGGCCGUGCCACUGGCCGAGCUGCCAGACCCAGAGGAGGUUCAGGUGGCACGAACAAUGUUCGGUCUGACCAAGGUGUCUGAUGCCACGCUGAAGCUUUUCAAUGUGCGCUAUCUUCGGCCCGCCAGAAGCUUGGUCUUUCCAUGGUUUUCCCCGGGGGGGCUGAGCCUCAGAGGACUGAAGCUGCUGAAGGCAGAAAGUCAAAAGAAUGGCGUCUGCUACGUGGAGACCACGUUGCCUCGCCCCAGUGCCUACCAUAACCUAUUUGGGCUGCCUUUGAUUGGCCAGCGAGAUGUGGAAAUGGUGCUGACCAGUCGGGAACUGGAUAGCUUGGCUUUACAUCAGGCUACAGGGCUGCCCACGCUGGCAUUACCCCGAGGCUUAGCCUGCUUGCCCCCUACCCUUCUUCCUUAUCUGGAACAGUUCCGUCGAAUAGUUCUCUGGCUGGGUGAUGACCUGCGUGCAUGGGAGGCUGCCAAGUUGUUUGCCCGGAAGCUGAACCCCAAACGAUGCUCUUUGGUUAGGCCAGGAGAACAGUACCCCCGCCCCCUAGAAGCUCUGACUAAGGGCUUGAAUCUGCAGAAAAUAUUAAGGUCAGCCCUGCCUGCUGGCCACAAGUCUAUAGUAUCUUUCCGGCAACUGAGGGAAGAAGUCCUGGGAGAAUUAUCGAAUGUGGAACAAGUGGCUGGAGUGCGCUGGGGUCGUUUCCCUGACCUCAACCGACUUUUGAAGGGCCAUCGAAAGGGCGAGUUAACUGUCUUCACAGGACCAACUGGCAGCGGGAAGACAACAUUCAUUAGCGAAUAUGCACUGGACUUAUGUACACAGGGAGUGAAUACACUGUGGGGUAGCUUUGAGAUUAGCAACGUGCGGCUGGCCAGGAUCAUGCUGACACAGUUUGCCAUGGGGCGGCUUGAAGAAAGGCUGGAAGAGUAUGAUGAGUGGGCCGACCGCUUUGAGGACUUGGCCCUAUAUUUUAUGACCUUCCACGGGCAGCAGAGUAUCCGGACUGUGAUGGACACAAUGCAGCAUGCGGUUUAUGUCUAUGAUAUCUGCCAUGUGAUCAUUGACAACUUGCAGUUCAUGAUGGGGCAGGAGCAGCUCUCCUCAGACAGGAUUGCAGCACAGGACUACAUUGUAGGAGCCUUCAGGAAGUUUGCCACAGACAACAAUUGUCAUGUGACCCUGGUUAUUCACCCCCGGAAAGAGGAUGGUGACAAAGAGCUACAAACAGCAUCCAUUUUUGGUUCAGCCAAGGCCAGCCAGGAGGCAGACAAUGUGUUAAUCCUUCAGGAUAAAAAGUUGGUAACGGGUCCAGGGAAACGCUACCUACAGGUGUCUAAGAACCGUUUUGAUGGGGAUGUGGGCAUCUUCCCCCUGGAAUUCAAUAAGAGCUCACUGACAUUCUCACCUGCAGCCAAGGGCAAGGCCCGCCUCAAGAAGGUUAAGGAUGAUGAACUAGACCCUAAAAAGCCCCCAUCUAGAAAAGGAGGAGGAGCAUCUGGGAAGCAGAAAGACAAAGCAGCCCAACCUCCUCCCCACUGACAGCCAUGGUCAGAGCAGUGUGGAGGCUGUGUUCAUGGAGCUUCCCAAACCCAUUUCACCUGUGAGUUUUCUUGCUUUUAUCAAGAGUUGUUUGUCAGGAACAUUCCCUCAUGUGCCUUGGUAUGGGAGCCAAGAGAAUUGGCAGUUCUGGAAGAGAAAGCAUUAACAUGGGGCCAUCUCCAAGACAAUGUGUGAUUCUGACCCCAGUGGAGGUAGUCAGCAACCUGGAAGAAAACUCAAGUCAUAGGCUUUUUUCUAGAAAAAUAAACCUAUUUUUGUAAUA